AGUUGCUGGGAUAAGGUAAGAAUGGUAAUGCAGUUUCAGGAGUUAGAAAAUCCAGUCCAGAUUAGCCCUUGCCACAGCUGCGUGUCGUCAGGAUCCGUCCUGGAAAUGAUGAGCGUGAGGCCUGCGAAAGGUGUCCUCACAGAGCCAGCGGCAGGCCCCCUGGGGCAGAGCCUGGAAGUGGAGUCAUACUCACAAUACAGCAACAUCCAGUUUCCUCAAGUUCAGCCGCAGAUUUCCCCAUCGCCCUACUAUCCCAGCCUGGGGUUCUACCCCCAGCAGCCUGAAGAGUGGUACUCGCCCGGGAUAUAUGAACUCAAGCCCAUGCCGGCUGAGACCCUCUACCAGGGAGAGACUGAGGUCGCAGAGAUUCCCGUGGCAAAGAAGGCCCGGCUGGGCGCGCCGGCGGGGAGGGUGAGAGGAGAUGAGCUCUGUGUGGUUUGCGGAGACAGGGCCUCCGGAUACCAUUAUAACGCGCUGACCUGCGAGGGCUGCAAAGGUUUCUUCAGGAGAAGCAUCACCAAAAAUGCCGUGUACAAGUGUAAAAACGGAGGCAACUGUGUGAUGGACAUGUACAUGCGAAGAAAGUGCCAAGAGUGCCGGCUAAGGAAAUGCAAAGAGAUGGGAAUGUUGGCUGAAUGUAUGUAUAGAGGCUUGUUAACCGAAAUUCAGUGUAAAUCGAAACGACUGAGAAAAAACGUGAAGCAGCAUGCAGAUCAGCCCAUUAACGAAGACAGCGAAGGACGUGACUUGCGACAAGUGACCUCGACAACUAAGUCAUGCAGGGAGAAAACUGAACUCACCCCGGACCAACAGAAUCUUCUACAUUAUAUUAUGGAUUCAUACAGCAAACAGAGGAUGCCUCAGGAAAUCACAAAUAAAAUUUUAAAAGAAGAAUUCAGUGCAGAAGAAAAUUUUCUCAUUUUAACUGAAAUGGCUACCAGUCAUGUACAGAUUCUCGUAGAAUUCACAAAAAAGCUACCAGGAUUUCAGACACUGGACCACGAAGAUCAGAUUGCGUUGCUGAAAGGGUCUGCAGUGGAAGCUAUGUUCCUCCGUUCAGCUGAGAUUUUCAAUAAGAAACUUCCAGCUGGUCAUGCGGACUUGUUGGAAGAGAGAAUUCGAAAGAGUGGUAUUUCUGAUGAGUAUAUAACGCCGAUGUUUAGUUUUUAUAAAAGCGUGGCAGAAUUGAGAAUGACUCAGGAAGAGUAUGCUCUGCUUACGGCCAUUGUUAUCCUCUCUCCAGACAGACAAUACAUCAAGGACAGAGAGGCCGUAGAGAAGCUUCAGGAGCCGCUGCUCGAAGUGCUGCAGAAGCUGUGCAAGAUCCACCAGCCCGAAAACCCUCAACACUUCGCCUGUCUCCUGGGCCGCCUGACGGAGUUGCGGACGUUCAACCAUCACCACGCGGAGAUGCUGAUGUCGUGGCGGGUCAACGACCACAAGUUCACCCCGCUUCUCUGCGAAAUCUGGGAUGUGCAGUGACCGGCAUCGCCGGGGCGGAGGCCGGCCCUCUCUUCUCCUCCUGAUGUGUAACAUUCCUUUGUUUCAUUUGUACCCAGUUUCACACAAGAAUUUCGACAAAUAUUUAUGCAGUAAUUAUGUAACUCCCACAGUUGUAAAUACGGGGCUAGGUAGAAUUACUCUCUCCACUUUGUAUUUGACACGGCUUCAGGGAAUCUUUUAUUCUAAUUGGCUUGCCCUGUUUGCCUAAUUAAACUGGUCCUUCCUUCAGCUCUAUCUGUUGAAAUAGAGGGGAAAAAAAAUCUCAGUGUGCUCAUCUUCCCUUAUUGCAUAUAUUUUAUUAAACGGUGUGCACUUUUGGCAAUAAACUGAACAUAAUGGCAACAGG